AUCACCCCUCAACAUAUUUUUUUAAAUGCAAGUUUAAUGACCGGUGCCUAGUAGUUUUUCUUUGAAAGGACAGGCGGAAAUGAUUCGUCGUGACCCUUGCUAACAUGUUGCUAACACGGCAGGUGGGCUCAUUUAAUGCAGAGAGGCGUUUCUUGUUUAAGCGUGGGACUUAAAUCUAAACCAUUUAUCAUUUUCACGUUUCACAAAUAGACGAGUGUAAAAAAAAUGGAAAAUUGUAUGUAAAGCGUUUUGCUUCCGUCGCAGCAGCGGAGAAAAUGAUAACGGACGAACAUCACACACAAAUGCUACUGCUUCCGCCGAGGCCAGAAGGGCCCGCCUCUGAGGAGAAGUUGGCCUAUCAGUGAUGGCUGUGCUUAAUGACAUACACGCAGAUGGCCAAUCAGAGCCAGACACCAUGCCAGUGGACGGGGCAGAACGGCUGGCCCGCUGUGUCACCAUCGGGUCCCCACAACCCUAUGCCCAGCCUUCAGCAUCUCAACCUGGGAUCACAGUACCCUGAGCACCAGCAGUGGACAAACCAAACAAACAUGGGGUUUUCUAGUAAUGUCAACCACACUGUACAUCAUACUGAUACCAACGGCCCACUCAGUAUACCUGGUGUGAACAAAGUUGGAAAUGCACCUCCAUGUUUUUUACCCGUGGUGACGACGGAGACGCAGCUUCAGCAGAUGUCACCACACUAUCCUAAGAGACCUGAUCAAGCAAUACCUCCACCGCCCCAGCCCCUCUACUCACAGCAGGGCUCACUUCAUGGCAAUCUCCAAAUAACCCCCCAAUCAUUUGAAAAUUACGGAGGACAGUACCCUCAACACCACCAUGGAAACUUGAUGGACAGUUCUGGCUCACCGACAGGUACCGUCCAACCGCAGCCACAAUGUGUUCUUCCUCCACAGCUUAGAGGAACCACAGAUACUUUUGUUCCCAGUGCAGUUACACUGGACAAGAACUCCACACCACAGUCUCCUACCUCUGAAUCCCGUUACGGCCUGGACCCCGAGCUCCUGCCCAGUGCUGUCAAAGUGAUGGCAGAGGACAGGGCAGAGUGGGAGAACAAGGUGUUUGUCUCUGAAUUCUUCUCUGCUCUUCCUCCUCUUCCAACUACUUCCUGUCCUGUUGAAGACAAAGGUAAUACAAGUCCUUCUGUCAUUCGCUCCACCACCUACUGUGUGCCCUGUGAUGGUCAGACGGUCCUGCUAAGCCGUUUACCACUAGGGGCUCUGGUCACUCCCUUUGCAGAGCGAAAUGAUAAAGAGAUGCCCCUCCCUGUCUGCCAAGAGCCAGAGUGUGUAGUGGGGUGUAAGUACUGUGGAGCUUCCAUGUGCCCAGCGAUGAACUGGCAGGACUGUGGUCAGAGGUUUUACUGCCCCUUCUGUGGUAAACUCAGUGAAGUGCCCUGGCAGCAGUACCAGCCCACCAAGGGUGUGGCCGGUCCCCGGGCUGAUAAAGACCGAAGGCCUGAACUGAGUAUGGGCUCAUAUGAAAUAGUCCAUUCUCAGAGGGCUGAAGCAGCUGCACUGCUGCUGGCCAUAGAUGUGUCUGCAUCAGCACUGAGAGGAGGACAUCUGGAGUUUGUGAGCCAGCAAAUACACAUGCUGCUCAACUCACUGAACAGGGAGAACGGAGACGGUGUGUCAGACGUCAGGGUUGGCCUGAUGACCUAUGACAGCAGGAUCCACCUGUACAACCUCAGUCCUGCUCUAACCCGUCCACACAUGCUGGUCCUCACAGACACGGACGACUUGCAGCUCCCCGUGAGGGACGGCCUUCUGGUGUCUCUCAGAGACUGCAUUGACAGCAUUGACAGUGUGCUACAGCUUAUCCCUAAGUUCACAGAAGAGUGCAAUGUCCCUGGGGGAGUUUCAGUGAAGUUGCCGGUUACAGCGGGACUCACCGUGCUGCAGGCCUUGGACUGUCCUGGAAAGCUGCUGAUCUUCCACUCGGCCUCUCUGGUAGAGACAGAGCUCACAAACACCUCAGGGUUCUUUGGUUCUUAUAAACCAAAGUCCAUCUUUCAGCCAUCAGAGCCAGUCGUCUCCCUGGCCAAGGAGUGCAUUCACCAGGGCUGCAGCGUUCACCUGUUCUUCCUGUCUCAACAAGAUGUGGGCGGAGCCUGGCCUGGAUACAUUCCAUAUCUGACCGGAGGAGUUCUGCACACCUACAGCCAUCUCCAGGGAGAUUUGGACAGAGAGCAUUUCAGUGCUGAUCUGAAGAAGACCGUAGAGACGGACGUUGCCUACAGGGCUAAGCUCAGGAUUUUUGUCAGCAAAGAUUUACGUGUGUCCGGCUGUUAUGGACUUUUUGUCCCUGGAACUAGUCCUGCUCAGGUCACCAUGGCAGCCUUAGAUCACUGGACCACAGUGGCUGUGGAAAUUGCCCACACCAGGUCUUUGGAUGAAACCAGAGGCGCAGCCAUUCAGGCUGUCCUGUCCUACAGCACACAGACAGGAGAAAGACGGACCAGGGUCCACACGCUGACGCUGCGAUGCUCUCCUCACCUGCAGGAGGUUUUCCGUCACUUCCAGGCCCAAACUCUGCUCGCUUUCUACUGCAAGAAGAUGUACUGUACUGUAAUGGAGCGCCCUCUGCAGGAACUAAGGGAGGAGCUCCAGACAGAGGUAACUGAAGCUUUGGCUUCGUACCGGAAACACUGUUCCUCCGCUGCAGUCUCUACUGGACAGCUGGUCCUACCUCAGUACCUGCGAGCUCUGCCUGUAUAUGUCAACAGUUUGAGAAAGAGUGAGGUCCUGCUGCCAGGCAUGAGGACGUCCGUCCAUCAGAGACUGCAGCUGCGCUGCCAGGUGCUCGGCAUGGACGCCUGCGGGACGGCCACACACUUCUACCCUCAGCUGCUGUGUCUGCACACGCUAACUGAAAACUCAAAUACUCCUCCUGAGCUGAGGGGGGCGCUGCGGUGCACAGCUGUUAGCCUGGAGCCCAGGGGUCUGUAUCUGAUUCAUACUCCACUCACUCUGCUGCUCUGGGUGGGAAAUCAGGUCCCAGCAAACACACUGGCUGAAGUCUUUAACACAUCGUACGUCCCUUCACUGCCCUCUGGAGAGACCAAACUGCCAGAUCUGGACAGUCCUCUGUCCAUCAGUAUCAGAUCCCUCAUCAAUACUCUGAACUGUCAAGUGUCCAGGGCUCGUAAGCUGUGGGUGGUGAAACAGGGGGACACGUGUGAGGAGGUGAUGCAGCGCCACCUGGUGGAGGACAAGAGUCCCAACGGAGGGGCAUCCUAUGCAGACUUCCUCUACCAUCUUCACGUCAACUCUGUCCGCCUGUUGCAGUGACACACACACACACACACACA